GGUGACCCGCGCCCGGACUCUCCCCGCGCCAGCCCCGGGACGGCGGCAGAGCCUGUGCCGGGGCCCCCCGAGGGCGCCCCGAGCCCGAGCCGACCCGCCGGAGCGACCCCUGCGCCCCAGCCGGGCCGGGCCCCGGAGGAAGAGGAGGAGGAGGAGGACGAAGAGGAGCCGCCACCCCCAGAGGGAACCUUGCAGACUGGCUCCUCGGAGGUUCUCGCCAGGACGUGAGUGCGGCCGCCGGCCUGAGGGCGUUUCCUGGACCUGAUCUCGAACUCGUCGGGACAGAAGCCGGCGGUGAGCCCUCAGUGGUCCCGUGCACACCCGCCUCCCAGCCCCGAGAUGUCCCGGCACCACAGUCGAUUCGAACGAGAGUACCGCGCCCCUGGCUGGGAUCGCCGUGAAUGGAGCGCCAACGGCACCCACGGGAGCCUGACCAGCUGUGGUGCCGCGGCCGCCGGUGCCAUCGGCGCCCGGCCCGGCCUCCUGCCCCUGCCCAUCGUGCCCUCCAGACUCCCGGCGCCAGCCGCCCCUGGGGCUCCCUGCAGCACAGGCGCCGGCGACACCAUCACCAGCCUUGCGGUCAGCUCCUCCUCCGGGGCCGCCAGCAAGGUCCCCGGGCUCUCCAAGGUCGAGACUCCUGCGCAGGGACUGGCGACCAGUGUCAGGUGGGGGCAGACGCCCAUCAACCAGUCCACGCCUUGGGACACGGAUGAGCCGCCACCCAAGCAGAUUCGGGAGAGUGAGAACCCAGGGACCACGCCUUGGGUGACCGCCGUGACCGCGGGGAGCCAGCCAGCCCUCCUCGCCCACUCCUACGGGAUGACCCAGCCGCCUGCCUUCAGUCCGGCCGUGAGCGUCCCGGCCCCCGUGAUCGGGGUGACCCCCUCGCUGCCACUGAUGCCGGCCCACUACCAGCUGCAGCCUCAGCCUCCGCAGCCCUUGAGCAGCCUGGUGGUCACCCUGCCCAGUCAGAGCCUGUACAGUGCCAGCCAGCCCUUGAGCUUGACUUCAAUGCCCGGCGUGGGGCCGGUGGCCCGCCCGGGCCCCACGGCCGUCGGCAACGGGCACAUGCCGUGCCCCGUCCUCCCGCCGCCGCCGCCUCCCUCCGUGCCUGUGGCCGCCCUGCCCAACAGCGUCCCCACCACCAACGGGCCCGUAGGGCCCCCGGCGCCCGCCCCGGACUCUGGUCAGGGCCAGAACGUCCAGAUGCUCCGGACGAUAGGCAUGGGGAAAUACGAGUUCACAGACCCCUGGCAUCCGAAAGAAAUGUUGAAGGAGUUGAACCAGCAGCGGAAAACGAAAGAGUUCACAGACCUGAAAAUUAUUGUUGACGGCAAAGUGUUUGAAGUCCACCAAAAUGUGGUAGCUUCCUGCAGCUUGUAUCUCAAGGACCUGAUCAAAAGGUCUCCCCGCGAGCGCGACGGCCGAGACAAGCUGGAGCUCAGCCUGCCCGACCUGCGCGCCGACGUGCUGGAGCUGCUGCUCGAGUUCGUCUACACCGGCUCGCUGACCAUCGACGCCGCCAACGCCAAGACGCUGCUGGAGGCCGCCAGCAAGUUCCAGUUCCACACGUUCUGCAAAGUCUGCGUGUCCUUCCUGGAGAAGCAGCUGACCCCCGGGAACUGCCUGGGAGUGCUGGCCAUGGCGGAGGCCAUGCAGUGUGGCGAGCUGUACCACAUGGCGAAGGCUUUCGCGCUGCAGAUCUUCCCCGAGGUGGCGGCCCAGGAGGAGAUUCUGAACAUCUCCAAGGACGACUUCAUCGCCUACGUGUCCAACGACAGCCUCAACACCAAAGCGGAAGAGCUGGUCUACGAGACCGUGAUGAAGUGGAUCAAGAAAGACCCGGCAUCCAGAGCCCAGCACGCCGCCGAGCUGCUGGCCGUGGUGCGCCUGCCCUUCAUCCACCCCAGCUACCUGCUCAACGUGGUGGACAACGAGGAGCUGAUCAAGUCGUCCGAGGCCUGCAGGGACCUGGUCAACGAGGCCAAGCGCUACCACAUGCUGCCCCACGCCCGCCAGGAGAUGCAGACCCCCCGCACCCGGCCAAGGCUCUCGGCAGGGGUGGCCGAGGUCAUCGUCCUGGUCGGGGGCCGACAGAUGGUGGGGAUGAGCCAGCGCUCACUGGCUGCUGUCACCUGCUGGAACCCACAGAACAACAAGUGGUACCCCUUGGCAGCCCUCCCCUUCUACGACCGGGAGUUCUUCAGUGUUGUCAGCGCGGGGGACAACGUCUACCUCUCUGGUGGGAUGGAGUCAGGGGUGACUCUGGCUGAUGUCUGGUGUUACAUGUCCCUGCUUGACAACUGGAACCUGGUCUCGAGGAUGACGGUCCCCCGAUGCCGGCACAACAGCCUGGUGUACGACGGCAAGAUCUACACCCUAGGAGGCCUUGGCGUGGCUGGAAACGUGGACCACGUGGAAAGGUAUGACACUAUCACCAACCAGUGGGAGACGGUGGCCCCCCUCCCCAAGGCUGUGCACUCGGCUGCAGCAACCGUGUGUGGGGGCAAGAUCUAUGUGUUUGGAGGCGUGAACGAGGCCGGCCGGGCAGCUGGGGUGCUGCAGUCCUACAUCCCACAGACCAACACGUGGAGUUUCAUCGAGUCCCCAAUGAUUGAUAACAAGUACGCCCCAGCCGUCACCCUCAAUGGCUUCAUCUUCAUCCUGGGGGGCGCCUAUGCCCGGGCCACCACCAUCUACGACCCCGACAAAGGCAACAUCAAGGCAGGGCCCAACAUGAAUCACUCACGCCAGUUCUGCAGUGCAGUCGUGCUGGACGGAAGAAUCUACGCCACGGGCGGCAUCGUCAGCAGCGAGGGGCCAGCCCUGGGCAACAUGGAGGCCUAUGAGCCGACCACCAACACAUGGACCCUCCUUCCACACAUGCCCUGCCCCGUUUUCCGGCACGGUUGUGUGGUCAUCAAAAAGUACAUCCAGAGCGGAUGAGGCCCUGGGACACGCGUGUGGGGCCGUGAACACGGCCAGGGAGGCGGGCCACACGCCACAAUGGCGAGAAACGCAGCGUGACGGACGGACAGACGCAGAAUUCCCUGCACUGGACUCUAGAGCAUUCUCUGCAUCGAAUGUAGAACGGUCGCCCCCCCCUCCCCGUAUUUGGGGAGCUGGGGUGCGGCUGGUGCUCCGUGCCAGGGGUGCUCGUGUCACUUGUGCCCUUCCCGGGAGUCCAGGCAUCACCAGCCCAGGUGCAAUAGAAACGCCUCCUUUCCACUCAUGGGGUGGGAGGGACGAAGCUGCCUUCCCCCUCCCAGGGGAGCCCGGCUCUGGCCCGGGAGCCCCCCGCUCGCUUCGACUCCCAGCUCAGCUUUUCAAACAUCUCAGGCUCUCGGUGGCUGGGUGCGGGGGGGGGGGGGGAGGAGGGGGAAAGCGCAAGGGAGUUGAUGGCGGCCCUGGAGGUACGUGGGACCAGAGUCCCGUGCCCAGCUCUGAGCGGGGCAAGCCAGCGGCACCAAGGGAGAAUGGCAAGGCAGCCCAGCCCCCUCCCCGGGCAGACUGGCGGGAGACCACCAGGGCUGCUUCCUCCAAUCCCUUAUGAAUCCUUGACCUUUCUGAGAGCAAAAGGCCACUUUAGGGGACUGAAAAGAGGAGGUAAGUAGAGAAAGGGGUGGGAGUGAGAGACUGGCGGUCACAGCCUUUGGGGCCAUCCCGCUCCUUUUCUACAUGCAGAUUAGAGAUUCCUGGCUGCUCUCAGAGGCGCACCCCAGCUUUAUUUUGGGGAUCCUUUCUAGCCCAACAGCCUGUGGAAGCUGUGCCUUGUGGGGGUGCCCCUGGAGAGACUGGCACUGAGCCUGCGAGGGAGCCGAGGCGAGUGGGGGGCCGGGCUGGGGGCUGGGCAGAGAGAAGUGUCUCUACAAAGCACAGGAGAUUAUUUUUGAUAUUGAUAGCUAUCUAUUGAUGGGCUCCCGGGAGAGCUCACGGUGGGGACAAGCCUUUUCCCGUUUUUAACUAGUCCACGGCAAAGGCAGCUCCGGGCUGGCCGGAAUGCCCCCUUUCUCCCCCGGGGGGCCAUGGCCCCCAUCAGCCACCGGCUCCCAGACCACGGGGCAGCCACAAAGACAUGGCCAGGACGGAAUCUCUGUGUCCCAGGACUUGCGCCCCCACUCGGACCUCCGAUCUGCCCGAUCCUGGUUAUGCAGCGAUGUGGGAGAUUAUUUAUUCUUUCUUUUUUAAAGUAAUAAGCACAAUGAAAUUCCACCCGUCCUCCAUCAUCGCGUCCUCGUAUUACCGGGGCGGCGCGUCCCAGCGGGACGGCGCGCAGGCGAUGACCGACGACGUGUCCAAUUCCCCUCCUCUCCUCAUCAGUCACACUGGAGCAAAGCUGGCAAUUUCUGUGAGCUCUCUGCACAGGGUUCUCUGGUACAGGACUGUAUAUAGCUACGUUUAUUGGUUAGCCCUUGGUAUACCGUAAUAAAUCUAUUUAUAGACCUAGA